AUGACUCCCUGCAGCAUAAUCCCCAUUGACCAAGAGUGGCACUUCAAGCAAGCAGACAACAACGACAGUCCCUACCGGCCCGUCAGCCAGUUCCCGACACAGAUCCACCUCGACCUCCUCCACCACAAGCUCAUCCCCGACCCCUUCAUCGGCAAGAAUGAGCUCGACGUGCAGUGGGUCGGCGAGAAGCCAUGGGUCUACCGGACCACCUUCCCCACGCCCGAAAUGCAUGGCCGCGCCAAGGCAGAGCUCGCCUUUGACGGGCUCGACACGUUUGCAUCGGUCGUGCUCAACGGCAAGCCUGUGCUCGAGACGGACAACAUGUUUACCCCUCAGAGGGUGGAUGUGACCGACGCAUUGGAAAGGGACCGGGACAAUGAGCUCGUCAUCACGUUUGACGUCGCUUACUUUCGUGGCUGGGAUGUUGUUGACAAGCAUCCUCAGCACAAGUGGGGUUGCUGGAAUGGCGACGUCUCGAGGCUUGCUGUGCGAAAGGCGCAGUAUCACUGGGGCUGGGACUGGGGCCCGGUCCUCCUUACCUGUGGCCCUUGGAGGCCUGUCCAUCUCGUCAUCUACAACUCCCGCCUCGUCGAUCUCCAUGUCGACGUCGACGUCGACGAGUCACUCAAGAGCGCAAUGGUCAUCACCCACGCCUCCACCGAGGGCCGGGCGUCCAAGGUCCGCUUCGACAUUUGUCUCGGGAGCAACAAGGUGGCCUCGGCAACGACGGAUGCUACCGACCGCGCAGUCUCUGCCACCUUCAAGGUCCAGAACCCGGAGCUCUGGUAUCCCAUCCGUUACGGUAAGCAGCCCCUAUACACCAUCACAGCCACUUUGCUCGACGGAGACCAGGAGCUGGACAGCCUGUCCAAGAACAUCGGCCUGCGCAAGAUACAGCUCAUCCAGCGGCCUGUCCAAAACCAGCCCGGGACCUCCUUUUUCUUCCAGGUCAACAACAUCCCCAUCUUUUGUGGCGGCAGCAACUGGAUCCCUGCCGACAGCUUCAUCGCGCGCAUCUCCCGGCAGAGGUACUAUGACUGGGUCCGGCUCGUCGCCGAGGGCAACCAGUUCAUGAUUCGCGUCUGGGGCGGCGGCAUCUACGAGGAGCAGGCCUUUUACGACGCAUGCGACGAAAUGGGCAUCCUGGUCUGGCACGACUUUAUGUUUGGCUGCGGCAACUACCCCGCGCAUCCCGAAUUCCUCGCAUCCGUCGAGCGGGAGGCCAGGGAGAAUGUCAAGCGGCUGCGGCAUCAUCCCUCGAUUGUUGUCUGGGCUGGCAACAACGAGGACUACCAGUACGCAGAGUCUGAGCGCCUCAACUACGACCCCAACGAUAUGAACCCCGAAAACUGGCUCAAGUCGGAAUUCCCCGCCAGGUACAUCUACGAGAAGAUCCUGCCCGAUGUGUGCAAGGAGCUCGUUCCCAGUCUCCCGUACCGGCCGGGUUGUCCGUGGGGCGGCCGGAACACGACAGACCCGACAGUCGGAGACAUUCAUCAGUGGAACGUCUGGCACGGGACUCAGGAGAAGUGGCAGGACUUUGACAAACUCGUCGGCCGUUUCGUCUCCGAGUUUGGCAUGGAGGCUUUCCCCUCCAUCAAGACCAUCGACGAGGCCUUUCUGCCCAAGGGCAAAGACGAUCCCGACCGCUACCCGCAAUCCUCAACCGUCGAUUUCCACAACAAGGCGGCCGGGCACGAGCGCCGCAUCGCUCUGUACCUCGCCGAGAACUUUCGCUAUGCGCCCGACCCUAUCGAGCACUUUGUCUACUGCACGCAGCUCAUGCAGGCCGAGUGUCUUGGCUCUGCAUACCGUCUCUGGAAACGGGAGUGGCGCGGCCCCGGGCGCGAGUACUGCAGCGGCGCGCUGGUGUGGCAGAUCAACGACUGCUGGCCAGUCACCUCGUGGUCCAUCUGCGACUAUUACCUGCGGCCCAAGCCGGCGUAUUACACCGUCAAGCGUGAAAUGAUGCCCCUCUCCGUCGGCAUCAAGCGCCUCGAGACGACGCACGCCAGGGGCAAGCACAGCCGGGUGGACGUGGAGAAGCGCGUCACGGUCGAGGCUUGGGGGUCAAACCUCGGCCUCGACGAUGUCACGGUCGACUGCGUCGUCAAGGCCUGGGACGUCGAGACGGGCAAGGAGACGUACUCGCACACCGUCUCGUCCCGGAAGCUCCUCGCGGCCAACCGCUCCACCGAGCUUUUCGCCAUGGACGUGCCGGUGCCCACCCGCAACUCUGGCCUCGAGGCGCGCACCGUCGUGGCGGCCUAUCUGCACCGGCAGGACGGCGCUCAAGUCGCCCGCUACGUUAACUGGCCCGAGCCGUUCAGGUAUUUGCACCUGCAGAAGCCGAAGCAGCUCCAGGCCGAGCUGAGCGACGACGAAAAGACGGUGCGGGUCAGCGCAGAGGUGCCCGUCAAGGGCCUCGCGCUCGAGUGUGACGACGACGGGGUCGUGUUUGACGACAACUUGGUUGACAUUGUGCCCGGAGAGACGGUGAUCAUUGGGGUCAGGGGCGCGUCCAAGAAGACGGUCAUGAAGACGCAGCAUCUGGGCAUAAUGGCUUGA